GUAUAAGGUUAGGCAUAGUUCGCCAUUUUUAUAUUCGUUAUAAAUUACAUUGGACGAAAUUUCUGAAUUUAAGGUUAGUAUCACGUGAUAAAAACAUUACGACAUUUUGUGACUUAUCUCACCAAAAAAAACCAGAUUUUCUACUUUUUUCUCAAAUAAAUUGACUUUAUAGUUGUACCUUUUGAAGCUUAAAGAUGUUUCAAAAUUGGUCAAACUUAACUAAGAACGUGUCGGGUUGGUUAGGGGCAACAAGAGGAGACGAGUCCGAUACUGAAGUUAUCAAGGUUGGUGACGCAACGAUUCCUGAAAAUGAUACUGAAAAAGCAAAGGAACGAUCAACCCCUGAUGUAGAAGAAGCAAAAGAGACUACAGAAGAGACAGGCGAAGCGCCUGGAAUUUCUGAACAACUGGAGGAAGUCUCUGCAAAAGCAAUAAAUUCUGCAAAGGAAUGGGGUAGUUAUCUUAUGACAGUUGGAAAAAUGGUUACCGAUAAGGCUGCUGCAACUGCUAAGAAUGUUAAGAGCACAGUGGAAGAGAAAACGAUUAUCGGAGAUUUUGAAAAAGAACAGGAAAAGUUUGUAACUGAAAAUAAAGAACGAACCAGUAAGUCGGAAGUAGCUGUUCCUCCAUGGAUAGGGUUUAACGAGGAGGAGCAAAUGAAAUCUCAAAUCCUAGCCUUAUCCAGCGAUAAGAGAAACUUUGUUAGAAACCCUCCUUCUGGUGUUCAAUUUGAAUUUGAUUUUAGCACUUCAUACCCAGUUGCCAUGGCCAUGUUACAGGAAGACCAAAAGUUAAAUAAAAUGCGAUUUGAACUGGUCCCUAAACACGUUAAAGAGGAAGUAUUCUGGAGAAAUUACUUUUACAGGGUAUCUCUUAUCAAACAGAGUGCUCAACUAUCUAGUUUGGAACAGGAACGAGAAACCGAACAACCGAUACCAGAACCCAAUUUGAAAAGUUCCACACAAGAGUUGUCUUCAAGUCCUACAGAGCACGAAUUUAUAAGCGAUGACUAUACAGAAUCGUUAAAUGAAGAAGAACUACGAAAAGAUAUGGAACAGCUUAAGGUUAAUGAAAAGGAGGAAAAAGGUAAGGCAGCUCAAGUUGACGAAGAAGAACCAGAAUGGGAUCAACUAGCCGCCGAAUUGCAAGAAUACGAAAUGGUUGCCGAGGCUGACGAUGAAAUCGAUCAGGAAUUAUUGGACCAGAUCGAAAAAGAGACGUCAUCUUAAGAAUCAGCUGAUAAGCUCUGACAAAGACAGUAACUAUUUAAUUCUUCGAUACUGUUUCUUUCUCUUUGGUUAUAUUGGUUCUAUAAAAAGCAAACAAAAGGAAGCAACAAACUCUCUUGAUUGUUUAAUGUAUUCCAGUAGUCAUAUAGUCCAUAUACGACUACACCUUUUAGUUUCUUAAUGCCUUAACUAUGGUUCUUUUUAUCUAAACAUUUUCAUGCUAAAAAGAGGUAUAUACAUAUAUAGAGUAUAUAUACAUAUACAUAUAUAUUAGUAUAUAUACAGUAUAUAC